AUGUCACUAGAAGCCCAGGUAUCAAGAGUCGCCGUCCGGAUGCCAGAAUUUGUCGCCACCGAACCCGAUUUAUGGUUCGCCAUGGUUGAAGGAAGUUUCCGCAUCGCGGGGGGCCAAAUAUGCAACGGAGGUGAAGGACAUCAUUAUAAAUCCACCUACCGGCGAGGCCUACCACAAAUUAAGGACGGAGCUGAUACGACGUCUGCGUGCCAUACAAGAGGAGAAGACCUGACGCCUCCUGGAGCGAGAAGAAGAUACAGUAAGCCCUUACAGUUUCUUCGCCAUUUACAGGGCCUUGCUGAUCCAGCCGUUCCGGAGAGCCUGAUGAAAUCACUCUGGAUGAACCGUCUAUCCCGGAAUGUCCAGGUGUCGUUGGCCAUCGUGAAAGACAGCAGCCUUCAAGACUUAGCCGUCCACGCAGACCACAUAAUGGAAGCAUUCCGACCUCCCGUCCAAAUGGUGAACGAGACGACUGGCAUAGAGGCCAUCAUCAGUGCUAAGUUAGCACAGCUCACACUAGGUCUGAACCAGGAGAUAGUUACGCUGAGAACAGAACUAGCAGGCCACGAAGACAGAUCCCGAAGAGACAGGAGCCGAGGCCGUUCCCAGCAUUGUCCAAGAAGCAAUAGUCUAGGCCGACAGCCAAUUGACAGCAAGUGCUGGUACCAUUGGAAAUUUGGAGCCAGGUCCACUAGAUGCAGACAGCCCUGCAACUACACCUCGGAAAACGAGAGGGGCCUUCACUAA